AUGUACCAAAACAAUUAACAACACCAAUUUCCAAAUCAUUAGAUUUAAAGUUAGCAAUAAAAAUCAAAAAAUACUGAGAUGAAUUCAUAAUAAGAAUACAUAAAAUAUACAGUGAGAUAGGACUUUUUAAAUGUAAUUGGCAUAGCUGUUGAUUAUAAUACAGUCUUGGAGAAGUUUUAAAAUGAUACUAAACAAGAUGAAUUAUUGAAAGUUAUGCAGAAUAGAUUGAUUUUGUAAGUAAAUCUAUCAAAUUCAAUACAUUCUGACUUAUACCAUCAAUUCAAAAAUUCCCCUAAUAUGUAGUAAUUAUUGAAGGCUGAAAAAGAAUAAGCCAAAAAGAAUCUAAAAUUAUUAGACUAAGAAAAAUUUUAUUAAGCAACAAUUGUUCUACUCAAAAAGUAUGAGGAAAAUUGUUUAGUUGAUCAGCCAAUAAUAAAACAUGAGGCUUUAAAUUUAAUAACAUGCUAACCUUAAUUCAAUCCAGAAACAAUUGGAAAAGUAAUUGGAUCUAUAAACACAACAGAUUAAAAAUACUAAGAUAUCUAAAAUGGUAAAUUUGAAACAGAAGAAUUAUCUAAAGAGACAAUUUUUAAAUAUAUAGAGUAAAAUAAUUAAAUUAUAAUCUUAGCGAAAGGAAAUAAAAUGCUAAAAUGAAGCUAAAUAAUAAUCCCAGUUAAGAAUCAAAUUUUGGGUUAGACUGUGGGUGUUAGUUAAUUUGA